AUGAACGCCGACAUAAUUGUUUUCGGGAGCAUUGCUCACGACCUUAUCAGUUACACCGAAAAAUUGCCGAGACCUGGAGAAACGAUAACAGGAAUCUCUUUUGAAGCUUCACCUGGCGGUAAAGGUGCCAACCAAGCGAUACAAGCGGCACGUUUGGGAGCUAAAAUUGGUGACGAUAUUUUUGGGGAAUUCUGCGUCAAAAAUCUUGAACAAAGUGGGAUUAUGGUGGAUUUUAUCGAAAAAAGUACAACAGCUCGUACAGCAACUGCAACAAUAAUUGUAUCAACCAGCGAAAAUAUGAUUGUGAUUACUCUUGGCGCUAAUCUGGAAAUGAAAGCCGAUCGAGCGGUGCAACUUUAUCAACUUAUUGCCUCAGCAAAGAUCAUACUUUGCCAAAAUGAAAUUGACAAUAAUGCUACGAAAAUGGCACUGGAAAUUGCUAAGAAAAAUAACGUAAAAACAUUCUUAAAUUUCGCACCGUGCACACCGACGUUCGAUAAGGAUAUGCUGAAAAAUGUGGAUAUUUUAUGCGUUAACGAAAUUGAGGCAGAAAGCCUAUCAGGUCGACAGGUGAUGAACACCGACGAUGCACUAAUGGAAGCUGAAUCAUUUUUAAACUUAGGUCCAUCGAUGGCUAUAAUUACACUGGGAGCUCAAGGUGCUAUUAUCGCGCACAGAGACGAUAAAAAAAUUAUCAGAAAAUUUCAUGUGGAAGCCUUCCAAGUAAACGCUAACGACACCACGGGAGCUGGAGACUCAUUUUGUGGCGCAUUGGCAUACUUCUUUGUAAAAAUGCCACAUUUAUCUCUCGAGGAGCAACUUCGAAGAACAACACUGGUUGCAUCAAUUUCUGUGCAACGAAAGGGAACUCAAAAAUCAUAUCCAUGGGCAAGCGAAAUACCAGAAGCGAUUGAGUAA